UGUGCGUGAUAAGAACUUUUUCUCUGUGGAGGCCAGUGUGGUUGUGGUUGCGGGAAUAAGGCGCAGAGUUGGAGCUCUCCUCCAUGCUCCUCGGUCCCUGUGCUCACUGGUGCUGAUGAGAGAGGAUUUGAGUCGCUACUUUUCCACGCCCCUCCCCCGGUGAGAGAGCAGGGAUGACAGUGAUGCAAGGCAUGCUUGGUGAGGAGCCUGCAGCCUAUCCAGACACUGCCGACCGGACCAGUUUGGAUAUAUAUAUACUCCACAUUUACAACUCCUCAUCUGUUCUCCUGCACUCAACUGCAGUUUACUUUGAGGACAUCUGAAAAAAGAAGCACUCUUUAAACGGCUUCUUUUCACCCUUUUUUUUGUUUGUUUUAAAUCUCUCCAAUGAAUUUGGCUCCCAAAAACUCGUAGUUGCCCAUUCUUCCAAAUGCCUCGCCUGCCAGUCUCGCUUUGCAUGUGGGUAUAACGGAUGGUUUCUGUCUGCGUCCAGGUGGUUCACGGCAAAAAAAGGGUUGCGCAGGGAAUAUUUUAUUUUCCAUUUACUUAAAGAAAUCCUUCUUUAGGCUAUCUUUUGGAAGCGCGUCCACUAUUCAUUCUUCUGCACAAUGGCUGAUGCUAACGCGGAAUGCAAUAUCAAGGUGUUGUGUCGAUUUCGUCCGCUGAACAAGUCCGAAAUUAUCCGGGGAGAUAAGUUCAUCCCAAUAUUUCAAAGAGAGGACACUGUCAUCUUCGGGGGGAAGUCGUACGUGUUUGACCAGGUGUUCCCUACUAACACCACCCAGGAGCAGGUCUACAACGCCUGUGCCAAGCAGAUUGUCAAAGAUGUACUGGGUGGAUACAAUGGGACUAUCUUUGCCUAUGGGCAGACGUCCUCUGGAAAAACACACACCAUGGAGGGGAACCUUCAUGAUCCCGAGGGAAUGGGAAUCAUUCCUCGGAUCUCAGAAGAUAUUUUCGAACAUAUAUUUGCCAUGGAUGAGAACCUAGAAUUCCACAUAAAGGUCUCCUACUUUGAGAUCUACAUGGAUAAAAUCCGGGAUCUGCUGGAUGUGACAAAAACUAACCUGUCAGUGCAUGAAGACAAACACAGAGUUCCUUAUGUGAAGGGCUGCACAGAGCGCUUUGUGACAAGCCCCGAGGAGGUGAUGGAUGUGAUAGAUCAAGGGAAAGCCAACCGUCACGUUGCUGUCACAAACAUGAAUGAGCACAGUUCCCGCAGUCACAGCAUCUUCCUGAUAAACAUCAAACAAGAAAACGUGGAGACAGAGCAGAAGCUGAGUGGGAAGCUGUACCUGGUCGACCUAGCUGGCAGUGAGAAGGUCAGUAAGACAGGUGCAGAGGGAGCAGUGCUGGAUGAGGCCAAGAACAUCAACAAGUCUCUAUCGGCCCUGGGGAACGUCAUAUCAGCCUUGGCCGAGGGAACGAAAUCCCACGUGCCGUACCGUGACAGCAAAAUGACUCGCAUCUUACAGGAUUCAUUAGGCGGGAACUGUCGCACCACCAUGUUCAUCUGUUGCUCUCCCUCAAGCUACAAUGAUGUAGAGACCAAAUCCACCUUGAUGUUUGGCCAGCGAGCCAAGACCAUUAGAAAUACUGUAUCAGUGAACCUGGAGCUCACGGCGGAGCAGUGGAAGAAGAAAUACGAAAAGGAAAAGGAGAAGAACAGGUCAAUGAAGGAGACCGUUCAAAGACUGGAAGCUGAGCUGAACCGCUGGAGGAACGGUGAGGGUGUUGUGUUACAGCAUCUGAGCCCAGAAUCAGACGUCCCCCUGGUGCCUCCCGAAUCUGAGGAGCCACUUCUCGACAUCUGCAGCCCCUGCAGCCCUUGCUCACUUGCCUCCUCCAUUGUGGUUCACAUCUCUGAGGAGGAGCGGCAGAAGUACGAAGAGGAGAUCCGCAAGCUUUACAAACAGCUGGAUGAUAAGGAUGAUGAGAUCAACCAUCAGAGCCAGAUGGUUGAGAAACUGAAGGAGCAGAUGCUCGACCAGGAGGAGCUUCUGGCAUCAUCCAGGGGUGACAGUGAGAAGGUACAGUCGGAGCUUGGCAGGCUGCAGACAGAGAAUGAAUCUGCUAAGACCGAGGUGAAGGAAGUUCUUCAGGCCCUGGAGGAGCUGGCCGUCAACUAUGAUCAGAAGAGCCUGGAGGUGGAAGAGAAGAGUGUGCAGAACAAGCUACUGGCUGAAGAGCUCGCAAAGAAAAUGGCUCACCUCAUGGCUUUAGAGGCAGAGCUGUCCCGUAUCCAGGAAGUGAGCAGUCACCAGAGGAAACGCAUCGCUGAGAUCCUCAACGGGCUGAUGAGGGACCUGAGUGAGUUCAGCACCAUCGUUGGAAACAGAGACAUCAAGCUGCCCAUGGAAAUCACCGGUGUGAUCGAGGAGGAGUUCACAGUGGCUCGCCUCUACAUCAGUAAAAUAAAGUCCGAGGUGAAGUCCAUGGUGAAGCGCUGCCGCCACCUGGAAAGUCUUCAGACGGAGUGUCACCGCAAGAUGGAGGAGACGGGCAGAGAGCUGUCAUCAUGUCACCUCCUCGUUUUACAGCAUGAGGCGAAGAUCCGCUCUCUGACGGACUACAUGCAGAAUGUAGAGCUGAAGAAAAGACACCUUGAGGACAGCUAUGACUCUCUGAGCGAGGAGCUGGCCAAACUCCAAGCUCAAGAGAGGUUGACCAGGGGGAAGCAUCUCACAUCUGUUCAAGAUUCCUGUGAUAUAAAGAGGGCUCUGGAGCAGCAGAUGGAGUCACACCGUGAGUCGCACAGCAAACAGCUUGGCCGCCUGCGAGACGAGAUCAAUGAAAAGCAGAAGAUCAUCGACGACUUAACUGAUUGUAACCAGAAGCAGCAGCUGGAGUUGGAGCAACUGCACUGUGACUUUGAACGUCUCCGGAGCCAAGAGCGUCACAAGAGCCGGCAGCUGGAGGAGCUGACAUUUCUCCAUGAGCGACAUGAGCAGUCAAAGCAGGAUCUCAAAGGGCUGGAAGAGACUGUUGCUCGUGAGCUCCAUACCCUGCACAACCUCCGCAAGCUUUUUGUUCAAGACCUCACAACUCGAGUUAGAAAAAGCGCAGGGAUGGAGCCUGAUGAGAGUGGUGGAUACAUCACCCAAAAACAGAAGAUUUCCUUUCUUGAAAACAACCUGGAGCAGCUUACAAAAGUACACAAACAGCUGGUACACGACAAUGCAGAUCUUCGCUGUGAGCUUCCAAAACUGGAGAAACGUCUUCGGUCUACAGCUGAGCGAGUUAAGGCGCUGGAGGGUGCACUGAAGGAAGCAAAGGAAGGAGCCAUGAAGGACCGUCACCGCUACCAGCAGGAAGUGGAGCGCAUCAAGGAUGUGAUGAGGGCCCGCAAUCCGUUCCGCCGGCCCCAUGCUGCGCAGAUAGCCAAGCCUGUGCGUCCUGGCCACUUCGCACCAUGCUCUCCCACCAACCCCUUCUUCAUCCGAGGCUACGGCGAUCCCCACCCCAUCCCUUUCUGCAAAGCUGCUUUCCACAACAGCAACAACAAGGAAGCAGCUGCUCCUGCUGCUCCUGCUUCUCCUGUUUCCCCUGCAACACCAGAGGAUGAACCCAGGUUACCCGAGACCAACUCCAACCAGAACAGCCCCACCAAACACCUUGAGUCCCAAAACAAUGAUUCACAUGACAACGACGCUCAGGAUAACAUGCUUCCAGCUGAACCACUGAGCCGAGCGGACAAGAACACUGCAGAGAUGCUUGAUUCAGAAAAUGGAAACACCACAGAUAUCAAUGACAACAGGACCCAGCCAAACUCUACAGCCUGCAGCCCGAGGCUUCAGCCAGCUAAUAGUCCUGAGCAGGCAGAUGUUUUUUCUGGGAUCUUCUCUGUAAAUCUGCAUGCAGCUGAUCACUGUUCACCCAGCCCUUCUUUCCUCUCCCAUCCUGACCUCCUGUAAACAGACCUCUAUCUAUCCUGUGUCCCUUUUCUUGCCCCCUGCUUGCUCCCUUUUCAACCCUUCUCCUUCCUGUGCAAUGAUGUCGGAUAUAUGUGGGUAUCAGUAGGAUCCAUGGCAUCUCAAGUUCCUGACCUGGCAGCUUUCACACAUAUUGCUGCACACCCAGGCUUCCCCCACGACUUGAAAAACAAAGGGACCACUAAUAGAAAGAUGGGGAAGAGAAGAUACAGUGUUUUAGGUAACCACUAGGGUGUGCUGUAUGUCUCAGUGAGGGAAUCCCAGUGGACAUAAAACCAGUACGUUCAAUCUUUAAGAUCUUUAUUAUUAUUAAACGUGUGUAUGGAUCCGAAAACUCCAAGUUAAACUGUGUUAAACAACAUGAAAAGAAUGUAAACCUCGAGCUAAUUUUACUAAUAUUUAUACUUAUGAAUUUGCAUGAUUUUUGCAGCUUUUCUCGGAAUAUACAAGAGAGAGGAAGAGAGUUAGUGAGGCAACAUUUUCAUGAAAUGUUUCUGAACACCAGUGCAGAAGGAGCACAAGUCAACAUUAAUGGGGAAUUCAGUAUUAAAAAAUAAUCGUGUUUACAGGAUAAGGCUGGCAUUAUUCAAUAAUUGUGUUAUUGUCAACAGAUUUUGUGAAAAGACAGAAACCAGCAAGGCUCUGUCUCAGUAUUUGCUAACUUGCUUAGACUGCCCGUGGCUCUCAGCCUCAAGUCAACUGAAGAUGUAAAUCAGUCCUUGAAUAUAUGGUUUCAUUUCUUUAAAGAGGCUUAGUAAUUUCCUAAAACAACUGGGCGCUGCAGGUUUUGGCAAACCUUACAGAAAAAAAAUAGUAAAUAGCGCAUUUAUUGGAGACUAUUUUCAGAUGUGGAUCAAUACGCAUUUGAUACUCUGGCGAGUCUUUACAGCAGCGAGAUGGUGCAUUUGGGAUCGACUGGAAAUAAACCACAGUGCCCAUAUUCACUGUAAUGAAGAAAUAUGACACCCACUGGAAACAAUGGAGGCACAGAGGAAUAAGCUACUCUAUACAUCAGGCUUUAGAUACCAUACUUCCUGUUUAUGUACAAUCCUUGUUAGCAGGAUCAGUUUAUGUUUUUUGUCUUUUCUUUAUUGUCCAUAUUAUGAAGAAUAUAGAUUAUGACCAGAGAAAUAUUGGAAGUGUGUUUUGAAUUCCAACUGAAAUCAUGAAUCAGGCUAAUUAUAGUUUGUUUUUGUAAGUUUUAGCAACCGUGUCAGUAGUCAUAGUAACAAUAAUGUUUUGUUUCAUGUAGGCUGCUUCUGUCACGUAGCUAGAUCAACACACACUAAAUUAAAAUUCACGUGAACACCUGCAGUAAACCUCAAUUUAGACAUAAUUUGUCCUUUCUUACUCAAAUUAAAUGAAAGGUAAAUUAAGUUUACAUAUACAGUACAAUAUGUAAUGACUAAUGAAUGAUAAUAAUAAAGGAAUAAUGAACCAAAUAAACCCUCUAUUCACAUAGAGUAGCCACGUCUUGCCAUUUUUAGAUCACACAAUCUUUUAAAUCUUAACGCUUCAGAUGGCUCUGGCUCAGAGGCACUGUCAGGAAGAGCAAAGAGCCAGAGGAACUGUCACGCUAAAUGAAGAAGUUGGUUAGAGAAUUGUUUAAAAUAAAACACUCAGACAUUCAGUGGGUAAAGCCUGACUGCACCGGUUUUAACUGGUCUGAAAACAACUUCAUCUGAAUAUGAAAAGAAGUCUAAAACACAUGAUUCCUGCUUGUUUGUCAGUCGUAGAGAGACUUUGAAGCUGUAAAUGAUCCCUUCAGAAGCUGCCUGUCAGGGAUCGCCUGUGAGAUUCAGUCAUUGUCAUGUCAACCAAAAGCAUGGCUGAGUGAAAAAAAAGAAAAAAAAAAGAUUUGUGUAGCAACUAUUUUUAUACUGCUAGUUCUACUUUAAAAGAAAUAUAUAUAUUAUCAUUUGCUCUAUUUAAAAUGUUAUUCAUUUGCUAUUUAUUCUUAAUUUAUAGCAGUUGUUGAAUGUCAGGUGUUUGCAUUUAUGUGGAAAUACAUCAUGCUGACAGUGUUUGUUACACUGCAAAAUGAAUUGGAUUUCCCCUGUUUGUCAUUGAAUGAAAAUGUGUGCACGUGUUCCAAUAUGAAUUUGUUCAAGAGAUGACUAAUCCCACGGCUCUUUAAGAACCAACUCUGAUUGGGACCAAAGCCCUGAUUGUAGUGAGUCAUUUAAAGAGGAUCUUGCAGGGCUGUAUCAGCUCUCGAUAACCCCCAGUAACCCCUCGUAUAUGUCUCCAUCAGAGCUUACUGUAUGUAUACUGCAGUGAGAUGUUUAAAGAAGAUCUUUUCUGUAUGUUCAGAUGUUGACAUGCAGUAAACCCAGGGUUACUUUAGGUUAUCAAGAGCUGAUACGUCCUCGUGUUAUCUCUCUGACACACACUUAGAUAUAGAGCCUCAUCAGCCAACGAGGUGACCUUUGACCCCAAAAUACAGAUACAUCACAUCCUGUAUUACUUUUGUGCAGUCUAAGUAGAUAAGUUGAUUAUCUGUCUGUCUAUACACACUGACAGUCAGUCACUCCGUGCUGCCCUUCAAGCUGUGUCUGUUGACCUCCUGAUCAGCCAGUCAGGAUGAUGGAGGGUGACUGUACGUGUGUGUGUUCACAUGUGUGUAUUUUGGGAGAGCACAGGAGCUGUAUCUUCUGAGGAGAGUCUUAAAGUCUCUUUUUAACAAAACAAAGCAGUAAAGCUUUUGAUUUCAUCCUGCAAAUUCCAAUGUAAGUAUUUGAUACAUGUGGGGUACCAGUUGAGAUAUUUACUCGAUAAGCAUAAGGAAAGAAGUACAUGAGGGGGUUACAUAUUUAUGUUUAGAAGGGAUGUAGAAAUAAAUACUUUUUUAAUGAACAUGUUAAAUAUUUACAGCUCACAGACAGGGAACCAACAGGAUGAGCAUAUAUGUAGCUAUGAAAAGAGAAGGUGCCAAACUACAUAACAUGACAUAACAUAACGUGAACAUAAUAUAUAGACUUUCAAAGUGUACACACCUGAAAACGAGUUUACAACCAGUGUAUCUGGCUCCUCUAACAUCAGGUACAGCUGUAAGGUAGACCAAGGUUUAGCCCAAUAUUUUGUUUUCUCAGCUACAUAUAUUACACACCUUAUUAUUAAUAAUAAGUACUCUAUAUUUAUUUAUU